AUGCUCCUAGAUCAGGCCCGUCCAAGUAACAGAGCCUUAUCAAGUUCACUAACCAACGCGGACACCAGAACGAGGGUGACAGUCGAAGAGACCAACCCAGCAGUGAAGCUCCCCAAAUUGGAGAUAUCAAAAUUUGGAGGUGAACUACGGGAAUGGCAGGGAUUCUGGAGUCAGUUCGAUUCAACUAUCAACGCCAACUUGACACUGUCGGAGGUCGACAAAUUCAAGUACCUGAACAGCUACCUCACGGGAAAGGCAGCCGUGGCUGUGGCAGGGCUUGACCUGACAGCGGAAAACUACAAAGUAGCCCUCGAGCUUCUCACCCGUAGAUUCGGACAAAAGGAUCUUAUAAUUGAAGAUAACAUGGCGAGGUUAAUGGCUGUCCGACCUAUUUAUGACUCUAGAAACGUGAGCGGACUCAGAGCAUUAUUUGACCAAAUUGAAACUGGGGUCCGCAGCCUCGAGGCCCUCGGCAUCAACGACAGCACGUAUGGAGUGCUGCUCCUUACUGUGCUGCGUAAAGCCAUACCAGCCGACAUGGGACUUGAGUACAGCCGGAAGAUAACCGCGCAAUCACCAAACCAAAAGAACGGUCUGCGGGAUUUCUUGGAUUUCCUGAAAUGCGAAGUAGAAAGCCGCGAAAGAAUGCAACCAGUAGACGCAAAGAAAGACCGGCAAACCGGCGAGCCUGCACAAGAUGCAAAGAGAGACGGAAAGAGAGAUUACAGGGCAAGACCUAUCGCAUCCGCAGCAGCCCUGAAUGCCGUGACUGGCGGGGGCGACAGAAGAUGCGUGUUUUGCGCCUCUAGUGGUCACGACUCGGACGGGUGCGCUGCGCAGAUGUCAGUCUCAGAGAAAAGGGAAAUUCUGAAACGCGAAAACAGAUGCUUCCGCUGCGCAAAAUAUGGCCACAGAUCUCGUGACUGCAGAACGUCAAAAUGGCUAAAAUGUGGACGAUGCGCGGGGAGUCACUUGACGAGCAUGUGUGACCCCGACCUGAUGAGCACCCGCGGUUCCACGAGAGCGGACUCGGCAGUGACGGGUGUAAAAGAGAUCCCCGGACAACAGGUGUUGCAGUCUUCUCUCGGAGUGAGAGACCGUAGCUUUAGAGGAGAGAAGACGCAGGUGCUCCUUCAGACCGCACAGGCAUGGGCAGAGGGCCUGCAGAGGCGCACUCUCGUCAGACUCCUUCUCGACGGUGGCAGCCAGCGUACGUUCAUCCAACGUGGCGUCUCCGAGAAGUUGCAGUUGAAGGUGCUGGGAGAGGAGGAGCUCCGGAUCUUCACCUUCGGUGACAACACAGCAGCGAAGCACACGAAGUGUCGACGGGUGGAGUUCUGGUUGAGAAGCCAGUACGACAGACAGGAGGUCCGCGUGGAGGCUCUGGAGGUUCCCUGCAUCUGCGCGGAUAUCAUGACAGCUCCAUCGGAAUCUUCAGUGGCCCACAUGAUGAACGAGGGAAUGAACAUCGCCGACGCUUCGAGAGGGGCCCACACUGAGGAUGGAAUUAGCCUCUUGAUUGGAGCCGACUACUACUGGGCCAUCGUCACGGGAUCCGUUAAGCGUCUGAGCCCUACAUUGAUGGCAGUAGACACGACCUUCGGAUGGACCCUGCAAGGCCAGGCGGGAACAACCAGAUCAACGGCGAUAUGUUCCUCAGCGGCAAACGUGAUGAGGGUGAUCGUGACAAACGAAACAGACAAAGAUAUAUCCGCUCAGCUCCGGUCGUUCUGGGAACUCGAGCACCUCGGCAUCAAAGACACCCAAGCCACGACAUGCCAACAAGACGCCGUACUUCAGCACCACAAAGAAACCACCAAGUACGAAGACGGUCGCUAUCAAGUGGCGCUCCCGUGGAAGCCAGCGGCCGAGAAGCUAACAGACAACUUAGAAUCGGCGACGAGGCGUCUCCGAUCGCAGACCAACCGUCUCCAAAAGAACGAGCAGUUGAUAAAAGAAUACGAUGCCUGCAUCCGAGAUUACGUAGCGAAGGGCUACGCCGAACCAGUCGAGGAAAGCAACCCGCCAAAGGGUCCGGUUUACUACAUGCCCCACCAAGCAGUCGUACGGCACGAAAGUCAGACUACUAAGAUGAGAGUGGUAUUCGACGCAUCGUCCAGCCUGGCAGGUCGGCUCUCGCUAAACGACGUUCUAGAGAGCGGACCCAAUUUGAACCCAGAAUUGAUCGACCUGCUGCUUAGGUUCCGUACUCACAACAUCGCCGCGGUCGCCGACAUUGAAAAGGCGUUUCUUCAGGUGUCACUGACGAAAGAGGACCGAGAUAGCCUGCAAGAGGUGAGAGUGCUCUGCGAAGAAGCGACUGAACUGCUGGAUCAGGCUGGGAUGAAGCUCCACAAGUGGAUGUCAAGCAGCCUCGAGCUGGCAGAGACACUGCGGGGAGACGGGACCAAACGAGUCUACGCCGACCUCGGGCGCACGACAGCUGGAAAGGUCCUAGGAGUCGGUUGGAAUCCGGAAACAGAUAGCUUCGAGUACCGGAUAGACUCUCUGAUCGAUUUCAUCUCCUCAAGAACUGACAGCAAGAGGUUCGUGCUUCAGGUGUCGGCAAGGAUCUUUGACCCCUUUGGAUUUCUCGCGCCCAUCACAACAAGUGUUAAGAUCAUGUUUCAAAGGCUGUGGGAGCUCGGGGUCGACUGGGACGACCCCUUACCUGAGGCCCUGACAGCCGAAUGGGACAACUGGUGCAAAGAACUUCCCACAGUCGGAAAAUUGUCCGUCCCAAGGACGAUCAUGAAAAACUUCAGAAGCAACAAGACCAACAAGACGCUGCAUGUCUUCUGCGAUGCAAGCCCCAAGGCAUACGGCGCCGUUGCGUACGUCACCACAAAGACUGCAGCACGAGAGGUGCACGUGACUUUGAUUAUGGCCAAGGCAAGAGUGGCACCCCUUAAGCGCCUCUCCCUACCGAGACUGGAGUUAAUGGGAGCCCUGAUUGGGGCGCGGUUGAAGUGCUACCUCACAAAGACGUUGCGGCUGGAGGACAUACCCGCCUGCCUCUGGACGGACUCAACGGUGGCGCUGCAUUGGAUCAAGGGGUCGGCAGACAAAUGGAAGCCGUUUGUGGCAAAUCGAGUGGAGGAGGUGCAGCGGCUGACCGACCCACAGGACUGGAAUCACUGCCCUGGAGCCGAGAAUCCAGCGGAUCUUCUAACCCGAGGCGUUCUACCCUCAAAACUGGUAGAGAGCGCGCUCUGGUGGAACGGACCCAAGUGGCUGCAAAAUCCGGAGUCGGAGUGGCCUACCAUGAACGAGCAAAUGCCCAGGGCCACUGAAUAUCAAGAGGAAAAAAAACUACUGGCUGUAAUGAUGGUGGCAGCACCUUCCACGACACCUCUCCUGCAACUGGAAGAACAUAGCCGGUUAAUCAAAGUGCUACGAUUGACUGCUUGGAUCCGGCGCUUUGUGCACAACUGCAAAAACAGGGAGGCAAGAAGGGAAGGCCAGUUAACAGCCGAGGAGUUGACAGACGCUGAAAGAUACUGGUUGGCCUGCACACAGAAGGAGGCGUAUGGAGACGAUAUCACAGCACUGCGCGCCGGAAAAGAACUGAAAGAAAACUCCGCCGUUUCACGUUUCGGGCCGUACCUCGAUGACGACGGUCUGCUUAGGGUGGGAGGAAGACUGCAAUUCAGUGACAACAAUGACGAGACGAAGCAUCCUAUUAUUCUGCCCUCCGACCAUGCGUUCACCGCCCUUCUCAUAUCAAGGGAACACAUUCGACUGUUGCACGCAGGAGUCCGAGACACGCUGGCACAGCUGAGAGAGGUGUACUGGAUUGUUAAAGGACGACAAGCCGUGAAGAAAACGGUUCACCGGUGCUUGGUCCUUGGUUACUUUUUUUUGCUCAGUGAUUUCAGUGAGAGCCGAGUCGUACUGAGCACUCAGGAAGACAACGGAAUCCUGUACCUCUUGGACGGUUGUCUGCAGCAACUCAACGGUGGGUUUUAA